AUGUUUUUAUAUUUUACUAUUUUCAACCUCAUCUGCAUAAGCCAGGUCCUGCCCCUCCGACUUGGGCCUUCUCUGAUGCAUUACCCUCGAUUUGAUGAUGAGUUGGAGCAUUUUAGUCUUCAGAGUGGACAGAAGAGGAGCUUAAUGAGCAACAACCUUCCGAUAUCCGCUGAGGAGGCUUCUGGUGCGUUGAGACGCAUCAUCUACGAAGUCCUGCAUUGCAUGCGACCCUGCCUUAACAACGGCAUUACGAUUUUACCCAGAAACACCGUGGACAUGUGUCGAUGUAUCUGCCAGCCUUUUAACUAUGGUUUGGCUUGCGAAUUUGAGGUUACCGAUGAUACCAAAUCGCAUCCGAAAUUGAUGUAA